UCCUCCUCCUCCUCCUCCGCCUGGGUCUCUCUCGCGCCCUUUCAGUUGCCGGCUGGCGUGACGACGAGGACGACGACGUCGCCGCUGCUGCUCCUCUUCCGCUGCCGCCUCUUGUGCCUCUCGCCGCCGCGGCUCCGUCCUCGUUCUCCUCCUCUUCCUCCUGGUUCUUCGUGGGCCGUCAUGGCCAACUACAUCCACGUGCCUCCGGGCUCCCCCGAGGUGCCCAAGCUGGACAUCCUGGUCAGCGAGACGGCGGAGCCUUCGGGGGGCGGCGGCGGCGGCGGCUAUCGCUACGGAGCCCUGCAGCUCCUCAGCCGGCUCAGGCCCCACUGGAAGCCCCAGGAGGUGACGCUGAAGGUAUUUACAGAUGGCAUCACCAAUAAGCUUAUUGGCUGUUACAAGGGUGAAGAAAUGGAUGAUGUUGUCCUUGUUAGGAUUUAUGGAAAUAAGACAGAGCUGUUAGUUGAUCGAGAGGAAGAAGUGAAAAGCUUCCGUGUGUUACAGGCCCAUGGCUGUGCCCCAAAGCUUUACUGUACUUUCAGUAAUGGCUUGUGCUAUGAGUUCAUGCAAGGAGAAGCACUGGAUCCAGAACAUGUUUGCAACCCAGAGAUAUUUCGGCUAAUAGCCAGACAGCUUGCUAAAAUACAUGCUAUACAUGCUCACAAUGGAUGGAUCCCCAAGUCUAACUUGUGGCUGAAAAUGGGAAAAUAUUUCUCUCUUAUACCAACAGAAUUUGUAGAUAAGGAUUUACACAAAAGGUUUCUAAAAGAUAUCCCAAAUCCUCAAAUCCUGCAGGAAGAAAUGGCUUGGAUGAAAGAGAGACUGUCGAAUCUGGGCUCCCCAGUGGUACUUUGUCACAAUGAUCUGCUGUGUAAAAAUAUAAUCUACAAUGGAAAACAAGGUGAUGUUCAGUUCAUUGACUACGAGUACUCUGGCUAUAAUUACCUGGCUUAUGACAUUGGAAACCACUUCAAUGAAUUUGCAGGAGUGAGUGAGGUAGACUAUAGCCUCUAUCCCAGCAGAAAACUUCAAGAGCACUGGCUGAGAGCAUACCUGGAAGCCUACAAGGAAUAUAAAGGAUUUGGAACAAAUGUCAGUGAGAAAGAGGUUGAGGUUCUUUAUGUUCAAGUCAACCAGUUUGCCCUGGCUUCACAUUUCUUCUGGGGAUUGUGGGCCCUAAUUCAAGCCAAAUACUCCACCAUUGACUUUGAUUUUCUAGGGUAUGCAAUUGUUCGCUUCAGUCAGUACUUCAAAAUGAAGAAUGAAGUCAUGACAUUAAAACUUCCUGAGUAACACCUGGGAACAUCAUUACCUACAUCGGAAUAAGAUUCCCUACAGUUUUUUGUCCUGAGUACAGAUCAUGGAAAAAAGCUAAACAUUUGUUAGUUUGUAAUGUUCCUAUGGUGGUUUUUGCUUUUUAUUGCCUCUAAACAUCACUCUUUUAAUGUGAAACCUGAAACAAAGAUCUUACUGAUGUAGAAGGAAUAGAAACAUUAGAUUUAUAAAACAGAGAGCAAAUUUAAUCCUCUCUCUUGUAAUUUUUAACGUGAUAUGUGAAUUAUUUAUUAGGAAUUUUAACAUUCCAUUGCUGCUUUUCAUCAGUUCUCUUAGGGGAGUAGGUCCAGACUGUAAUACUUUAAGAUUUUUACAUCAUAAGUUACAUUUGGAUAAUAUAAAUUUGUUUAACUGCAAACUGUACACUGUACAAAAUGUAUCUGUGAACAGGAGCAGUUUGCACUGAAGUAGAAGUCACUGAUACUGUCAACAAAGCUAGGACAAAGUAAUAUUCAAACUGUUACUUCUCUAAUCUCUUGUUUAAUUGCCAAGGGUAGUAGCUGGAUGUCCUUCUUGUGUAACAUAAAGAUAAAUUUUUUUGCAUAAGUCUGCUCACAUAUUAAGGAGAACUUACCACCAAUUACUGUCCUCAGAGUUCAGAUUUGUAGGAGAAAUUUUCUAACUUCAAACAUAAGCUUUAAAUGACCACUUUUCCAGAGUGUCAUAUAAUUUCCUCCCUUAAGGAAUGUUCAGAAUCUCUUUCAACAUACUGAUAUAUAGUGUAGGGAUAGACAUGUUUGUAAGAUGCUUGGUAGAAGCCAACAAGGACAAGCUGCUGAGCAAUUCUGGGAACAAAACCUACCAUUGCAAUUCAUAAUUUGUUCAUUCUUUUUUAUCUUUUAUUUUUUUCUUGGCUUAAUGUUCUUGUCUUCAGUCUUUAGAUCUGUUAGUUCCUAGAUUGCGUGUUUCUUUGCCAAAUGAUGGCAAACUCAUGGCUAGCCCGGGUCAUUCUUGGAAUGGAUGGUGUUUGAAGAGUGAGAACUUGAUCAUGAAUACUUUUUUUUCAAAAGCUAUCCUACCAAGAACAGUUAGAAAUUAAAAAAUGUGAAAUGAAACACAAACGUUUACUUAGCUUGUGUGUGUGUGUGUGUGUGUGUGUACCCUGAGUGUGCACGUGUGCAUGUUUAAGAAUGGGGAAAGGCUUUAAACUUUGGAAGUAACUACAUCAAGUUGAAUAGUCACACAGUCAACUCUGUUAGUCUGAAAUUUCACUUUGGUCACUUAAGUGCCCAUAUGUACAAAGUCUGUGAUCAUACACAGUAUGUGUAAACCCAAAUAUACCUUAAGUAGAUCUAUUAUGGGGAGCCUGUUGCACAGAUUCAGUAAUAUUUAUUCAGAAUUAUUUUAUAGAACUCUGUAAAAUAAACAUCUCCAAAAUUAAAAAUAAAACCUGGCUUGUUUAGUGAUAUAUGCAGCAAUUAAUAUGAAUGGAAAUUUCACCCCAAAGAGCAUCACAUGGUCUUCUGUGUAUUUACAGAAACAGAACCAUGAUUUUAUAUAUAUCUUGAGGUGUAUUAUUUCUAAAGCUACAAUCUCCAAAUUCUCCUUGCACAGGAGAAGUUCCAUUAGGUAUCGAAACUAAUUGGUAGAAAGUAGGCUGAAAAUCUAGUUACUCCUAAAAUGUUAAUACUAUUGGACUAUGGUAACUAUACUUUAAAGAAGCAUUUUUAGCACUUACCACUACACUUGCUUAAAUCGGGCAAUUUCUUGUGAUGUUCACUGUGGAAUUAACUAGUUAGAGGAAAGAUAUAAUUUAUCAGGUCAAGUGUGUUUCUAGAGCUGUAGAAAAUCAAAACAGAAUAAAUAUUCUUUCCAGAUAACAAAUUUUCUUUAUAGAAAUAGGAUUAUUUCCUGUAUUUUAGCACAGUCUUUAAUGACAUAUUAUGAAAUUAUUAAUUCACUGAAACAAUUGAGUGUUAAAUGAAUUUAGGGAACUAGGUUAUUAAAAGCCUUGAUUUUUCAAAGCUUAAAAUUGCUUUCUUAAAAAACACAGAAUCAGGUACCCUUUAUCAUGUUACUCUUUGCAAAAUGCAUGUUUCACACAAAAUCUUCCAUGUUGAAAUACUGGGACUAGUUCUUUCAAUUCAGCAAGCUUCAAGAACUACUUGCUAAUGGCCAUUCAUUUUGCUGAUGGGAGAAAGAGGAAGCCAGGCAGUUGCUUUUGUCAUGAAGUUCAAGACUUUUUAAAUACUUUUGGUAAGCUCAAACGGACUUUAAAGGCCAGAAAGCAACUCCUGUAAAGACCAGACUUUAUAAAGACCAGAAAGCAACUCCUGAGCCUCUUCAGUGAAGGACAUUUAAUUUAGUCUCCUAAUGCCAUUGCAAGGAUGUCAACCUUGUAUUGCUGUGUUUGCCAAAUUUACUGUGGUAUAUUCUGCAUAUUCCAAAGCAGAAGUAAUUGAACAUACAUGAACACAUCUAAAGACUAGUGCUUGUUAGCUUAAUUUAGAGAAUUACAAGAUGUUCCUUGGUUCUUUAGAAGACUUUGUUGUUUCUAUCAGUUGAAACUUAGCUUGUCCCCAUUUUAUAGUGAGUUCUUGCCAUUUUUCUAUCUCAUUCACAUUUUUCAGGUACUUGAAUUUUUGUUUUUCUGAAGCUCUAGAAACAAUCUUAUAUAAUUGUGGCUGUGACUUGCCAACAAUCUGUUCUGUUGCCUUUACUUUUAAGCUAAAGAUUUUGAAUGCCAUCACCAGUGACACUGUAGCAGAAUACUGAAAAUAUAGGCAGGGUUAUUAGCAAUGGCAUUCAACCUGCGUAACAUCAGCCUACAGACCAUAGCGGCCUAGUAGCUUUUGUAAAGCAGAAGUGUGUGAAGUUUUCACCCAGCAAUUAGACCAGGUUAAUCAUUAUACCUGAUUGAUCCAGAUAUUAAAAGCUUCCUAGGAAAUGGUGUUGGAUUAAAAAUGGGGAGGAAGAAUUAUUUUGAACUCUGGCCUGGGGUUCUCAAUGUGAAUUUUGUGGAAGGCUUAGCUUAACUGAUUUAUGGUAACCGGUCUGACUGUGUAUAUACAAUACUGUAAAUAACCAUUUGUAAAUUAGUGUGAAUUGUAUGGUACCUUGCAUUUAUGAACUUACGUAUUUCAUUGUACUCUCCUUUUGUAGAAAUGUUGAUGUAAAAAAAAAGAAAUCCAGUUCUUGACAUAUGCUGACCUUUCAUUGUUAAAUUGACCACACUCAAGGGGUAGCCGUUGAGGAACAAUAGGAUAUAGUACCUGGAAGUAAACAUUCAUAAUGCAGCUUUUUUACUGUGCCUAUAGUGUCUGCUCUAAAAUUCACAAACUUACUUCAGAGGAAGUAAUCAGUCUGGAAGCAAGUAAGUUAAUGAAAAUGGCCACUAUUCCAGUAAGCAGCAGAUGGGGCAAUUCAAAGAAAAACUACUUGUCUUGUUUGAAAAUAAAUGAUAAAUUUCUGCUCUGAGGCCAGCUGAGGUGUGUCGAUGCAGGGAUAGGUGGAUGGUUUUGCUGAAGAAUUUGUUCACAUUCCUUUCCUAACAAAAUAAACUCCUGCAAAGUAAAGCUGAUCAAAGUUUUUCAGCAGGCAGGUUAAUUCAAGAAGAAGUUACUGGUUUAUGUUCCUGUGGCAUGUACUUGCAAAAAAGAUACAGUCAGAGACUAGAAGUAAAUGAAAAAAAAAAUCUGUUUAUAAGAUUUCCAGUUUUUUUAUUUAGCCGUGGUAACUACAGCUAUUCAUAACAUACCUGGUUUUGUGCCUGUUGUUGCACAUUGGCUUUUUGGGUGGGUGUGUGGAUGGGAAGUCUUGGGUAACUCGCAGAUGUUGCUGAAGUUUUAAUGUAUGCAUUUGGGGCUACCUUAUGUGUCAGCCACAGCAAAAUUUAUAGAAUCACACAUUUCAGAACUGGAGAAGUAAUAUUGCAUUUCAGUGAACCUGACUUUUUAACACUCAUUUAGUGGCACAUGAUUGUUUUCCCCUCCCUCAGCCCCCAAUUUGGCCUGAGCAGUUACUUUUUAGUCCCGCUCUUCCACAUAGCUGUGGCUUCCAUAAUUCAGCUACAAGCACUUCUGCUUCAUUUUAGUUUGACUCCCCACUUUUUGAUACUUUUCCCAGUGUACGAAUUAUGAAUAAAUAAUUUCCUUGUUCAUAUGGAACAUAGAUAUUAACUAACUUUAGACUUUGAAUUCAGGAGAAAGACUCUUAAAAGGUGGUAGGAAAAGUUAAUAAUGGAUAUUGAUGAAAUUAUAUGUUAAUACAGCAAUGAAUUAAAAUAUUCUUUACCUAAUGUAAUGUGGUUAUCAACAAGUAAUAUUGCUAGUGCAUUACCUUCCUCAUUUCCCCAAAGACACAGCAGGCCUUCACCGAUACUGACUGUUGAAUCCAAACAAAUCUUUACUUUUUGUUAGAAGAUCUAUAAAUAUUUGCAUAGAGUUAGGAUUGAAAAAGCAAAGGUCUGAGCACUUCCAUUAAAAUCUUAACAUUUUGACAACAUCUUAGAAUAUGGAACUUAGGGGCUGUACAGACAGCCUGUUUGAGCCUGCUUGGGGCUGGCUUGGCAUGGCGUUUAGACAUGCUGCGCACCCAAGCAGGAUUGAAGCCAGACCAGCCAGUUUCUCUCCCACUUGAGGGUGUCACACUUACACACCACUUUCCCCAUAGUUGGCUUUUCAAAGGGAAAAACUGGCCCUAUUGGGGGAGGGACAGCUUUUUUCAGCCCUAAAAAGGAGCAGAUCUUUAUCCAUUCCUUUUUGGGGUGGAUUCUGGCUGGAUUAGGGCCAGGCACCUGUUUGCCCCAGCCCCGGUCCAGCCUAAAAGGAGAGGCUCUAAGCUGUCCCUUUUGGGCUGUCUGUAUCACGCCUUAAGUUCAAAUCUCUGAAUAGAAAGUUCUUAAUUUGAGAUGUGGCUCUCCACUUGGAUAAAGCCUGUACAGUGCGCCUGCAUUAUACAUGGGUGCGUUUUACACAGCUUCCAGCAUAUGCUGGAAGCCAUGCCAGAAGGAAGGGAGCCGCACGCCAGAAGAAAACAAUGGCAUGCGCUCCCGCACCGUGUGUGCCGCCCCCGCACUGCUGCUGGCACAAACCCCAUUCAUUUUAAUGGGUCUUGAGCAUCCACAUUUUUCCCCUUACGGGGGGGGGGGGGGGCUGGAACAGAUCCCCCACGUAAGGAAAAGGACGACUGUACAAGAUAUGAAGAUGACUAAUGAACACUUAAGAUGGGUUGUAGCAUAUUGUAACUAGAAUUGCUGUGGAAAUGAUAAAGGCCUGAAUCCUGUUAGUCCCAAUUAGAGUUCACUGAUUAAAUAAAUGCGAUUUGUUUUUGUGUUAACUCACAUUUCAAUAGGCGAUUCCACAGGCUUACUCUAGGUGGGAAUAGUACAAGCCAAGCCAAAUAGUGUUAUAGGCAAUCCAUAGACUACAUGGGGACAUUCUCUUGAAGACAAGACAAAAUGCUGUCAAGAGUAACAUCAGUGGGAAAAUGAGAGUCCGUUGUAGACAUCUUUUUCAAGGUACGCUGAAGGCACUGCCUGGAGCCCGUUAAUUUCUGCAGAGUAUAACAGGUCAGUGCUUUCUGAAAGGACCUUUGUAUGCAGUUGUCCACUUUCAAAUAUAGACCAUAAUUGUGUAAGGCUGCUUUUUAUUUCUUGCAAAUAGUCUCAGCACUGAAGAUAUUCUGGUACCUCAGAUAAUUUAGCAGUUAGCAGUUUACUGAUUUCAUCUUUAGGCCUACUGUUAAUAUUCCUCUGAAAACAGUGCACACCUAUAACUUUUUGUCAUCUCAUUACAUUUUUAAACCUAUGUCUGUUGAGUCCAAUCUUGUCCUGUGAAAGGUUUGCCUGUCUGAAGAAAGGAAAAGGUAACCUCAUCUAUGUGUUAUGAAUGGAAUUAAAUUGUGCAUUCUGUUCAUUGGCUUCUACUGGAGUGAAAUGUGUUAUUAUUUUCUUUUUGAGCUAAGCAUUGUUGAAGCUAUGUAACAAGGCCUUUUACCAUUGAUUUCAAUGAAGGAAUGUAUCUUGAAAAGAGAUUUAUAUUAUGUAAAUAUUUCAAAAUUGGUUGUAACAAUAAAGCUGGUUUCUAACUGUA